UUUCUAUAUUUGUAUUAGGUACAAAAUAAUUAUACAGAGUAUAUCUGUAUAAGCAUCCAAGACAUCACCAUCAAGGGACCCACAUGAGAUAAGCAUGGGACCCACCUGGAGACUUUGAAGCAACACGACAAAGGUCUCCAUCAGCCAACCAAGACUCGACACGUAGCAAGCAAAGUGUCGGCACAAUCAGAAGACGACACGUAGCAAGCCGAGUGUCGGCACAAUCAGAAGAUGACACGUGGCAACCAAUCAAUACGCAAACUUCGCCUAUAAAAGGAACCCAUGAGGAAGAACGAAGGCACGGGCAAUUUUCGCCAAGCUCUUUCUCACUCUAAAAAGCUCUCCCUUCUCUCUAAAAAUCCUGUAAAAUUUUAAGUUCUAUCAGCAAUUCUGUAAUCAAAGAUUGUAUCAUCAAGAUCAAUAAAAGUGUUCCAGGCAGCAAGUCCGAAGAAGGCAGUAAGACCGUUGGCAAGCCAGCAGUUGAGUCGAAUUAAACGGUUAGUAAAAUUUUAUGAGUUUAAAAUCAGAUUAAAAUCGUGGCAUCUUCGAUUAGAAAAUUCUUUAAACCAAGAACCGCGUCAACCUCAGCGUCUUAUUCAACUAUUAAUUCUAGAGAAAUAAUGACUAAAAUAACGACCUUUAAUCAAGAAAUUUCAAAGAAUCAAUUACCGCAUAUUAAUCCUGAGAAUAUAUAUCAAAUAGGAACGUUUGAUUUUAAAACGGCUUAUUCAAUAAAAGAACAUGAACAAACUCUGUCUUUACAAAACGAGUUUGAAGAAAUCAAAUUAUUAUCCUCACUAGCUUUAGAAAAAUAUAAACAAAAGGGAUUCAACUGCAUCCAUUUCGGAUUAAUUCAAGUAGCUAUAAAACCAUUAUCAAGAACAGGAAUUGAUUCACCCAUCCUUAUGUUAUUAAGAGACAAGACUUUAUUAAAAUUCGAAGAUUCACUCCUUGGAGCCGUCCAAUCAAAUUUAUGCAACGGAGCCGUAUAUUUUAAUUGCGCUCCUAAUUUUCAAGUCAGUCUACACGACCCAACUAUACUCAACACUCUGACCUUAAAUGUUCAUCUACCCGAAAUUAAAUUUCAAAACGAAAGACAUGGAUAUUUAUUACUAUACAGAGUAUAUUUUAAACAAUCAAUUUCAGAAUUUAAUCCAAGAUGUUUACUACAAGAUAAUAAAGGUGAAACGACAAUUUUGGCAGUUCAUAGCAAAGACACUCCAACAGCUACAUACACACCUAAACAACUAAACUGGGAUGAGAUAACUAUACCGGAUCAAUGGAAAAUUGAAAUUACGCAACCUCCUAGAAAUAUUGAACAGAAAAAUAUAUCAAAAAUAAUUGAACAAAGAGACGGGAAAAUAUUAUUACAAUUUGGAUCUUACAGAGACCCGCUACCACCUAGAAUAAGUCCAUACCACUCAAGAGCUUCCUUUUCUGAAUAUCGCACUGGUCAAUCCAGUACAAACUCAGAAACAAAAAGCGUAAAUCAAAAUGUUAGACAAGAAGAACCAAUUAAAUUCAAAGCUCCAAUAGCCGAGCCUCAUCAAGAUAUGUAUCCAACUUCACCAACUUUAUCAGACUUCAAAUCAAUAAAUGUUAUAACCAAAACAUACGAAAUAAAUAAACAAUACAUAAAAGAAGACUUUUAUUCAAAACAGAACGAAGAAAAAAGGAAAUGGUAUUUUAAUACAUUUCCUAAAGAAGAAACUAUAUUAUAUCGAGAAAAUUGGUAUAAUUUUAUGAAAUCCAAAGAAACGGACAUUCCAUUUUUCAAAUGGUUUGAAGAUUAUGCAAACACCAAUAAAAUAAAUUAUCCGUUCAAAUCAAUUAAUGUAAAUUCAACAUUAAGCCAGGUUUGGGAACAAACGGAUGGGAACAAAAUUAGAUCUAUCCAUCCACCUUUAAAGGAUAUAAAAAUAAAUACUGCAAAUAGACAAGUUAUUGCAACCCCGUUCAAAACCGGAGCAAAUAAAGAUGAUAAAGAUCCAAUUUAUAUGCAAGAGAUAAAAUCAAUAUAUCAACAGAACAAUUAUCAAAGCCAGAUAUUACACACAAUAUCUAGACAAAUAAAUGAAAUAGAUAUAAAAAUAAAUAAUAACGAGACUAACAAACAAGAACAACAUCCCUUUUCAUCCAUAACUCCACCAAUAUUUAAACCAAUAAACAUGCAAGUAAAAUUACCAGAUAACCCUAUUUUAACAUCAAUUGCAUCCAGACUAGACAAAUUAGACAGAGGCAAAAAUAUAAAUAUUAUAGAUGAGGAAGACAGCGAGUCAACUUCAGCUAUAAUAUCCGAAGACGAACCAAUAAUCAAUCGAAUAAAAAAUAAAUCAACAAAACCAUAUUAUAAGAGGCAUACUCCACCGGAUUUAUUAUUUGAAGAACACCAUAAAUAUUCCGCAAAUAUGUAUUCCGGAGACGGGAUAUAUGAAUGGAAUAUUGAUGGAAGAUCAGAAUACGAAAUAAUGAAUUUAUUACAAGAAAUGGGAAUGGCCGCUAUGGCCUAUAAAGCUAAAGGAAAUGAUGAUAAGCAAUCAUGCGUCUUAUUAAUAGUAGGGUUCAACGGAGCAUUAAGAUACUGGUGGGAUAACUCACUAGACAGGGUUACCCAGGAAUCGAUUAUCAACCAUACUGAAACAAGAACGGUAGAAAAUACUGAAGGAGAAUUGGAACAAGUAGAAACACAAAAUGCAGUAGAAGUAUUAAUUCAUACUAUAACCAUGCACUUUAUAGGAAAUCCGAAAGAAAAACUAGAAAUUAAAAAAAUAAUCUUAACCAAUUUAAGAUGUCCGACAUUAGGAGAUUUUAAAUGGUAUAAAGAUGUAUUUGUAACAAACAUAUUUCAAAGAAAUGAUUGUACUCAAGCCUUUUGGAAAGAAAGAUUUAUAGCAGGAUUACCAACAUAUUUCGCAGAAAGAGUAACAAACAAAUUAAAAGAAUACUCAGGAGGACAGCCAAUCCCCUGGAAUUCAAUAACUUAUGGUCAAUUGUUCGCAUUUAUCAAAAAAGAAGGAUUAGCAAUAUGCCAAGACCAUAAAGAUAAAAAGAGAAAUGAAAAAUUUCAAUUUAAAACAAAUAUGGGAUCAUUUUGUGAACAAUAUGGAUAUAAUCAACUCAAUCCCCCAUCAAGAAAUAAAAGACUUAAAUAUAAAAAUAAUCAAGGAAAAUUUAGGAGACAUUAUCAAAAAUAUAACAAUCAAAAUAAAAAAUUUAAUAAAAAAUCUAAUGAUCAAUAUUAUUCAAAAAAUAGAAAAUCUUAUAAACCAAAUGAUAAACAAAAAAUUGUAUGCUGCAAUUGUAAAAGGCCAGGACAUAAGUCCUCAGAAUGCAAAAUGAAAAGAAAAAUCAAUGAAAUAUUCCAGGACCAACCUGAUAUUCAACAAAAAUUAAUGAAAUUACUAAUAUCAGAAUCAGAAUCAUCCAACGAAUCAAGUAACGAAACCUCAGAAAAUGAGAUAGACAAUAUAAGCAAUUCUUCAGAAGAACCGCCAGAGUUAUCUGACAACCUAUGCAACUGCAAAUUAAUUAAUGUCAUUACAAAGGAUAACGAUAAACAAUUCUUAUUGGAAAUAAUCGAUAAAAUAGACAACCCUGAUAUUAAAAGAGAUUAUUUAAUAAGACUAAAAGAAAUAAUUAGUAGAGAAAGCGAAUUAUUAACCCCAGAUACCUUUAGUUUAAACAAAAUAUUCGAAAAAUAUCCAACCCAAAGUUUGUUCCGACAAGUAACAACAGGAGAAUUACAAACCGAGGUUAAACAAAUAAAAAGUCAAAUAAAGGAAUUACAAAUAACAGUCAACCGACAAGAACUGAGCCAAUUCCAUAUGGAUGCAAGACUAGCAAUAAUAGAAAAUAAUUACAAUAAACCAAACGGCACUAAUAGAACUGACCCAUCCACAAGUAAUCAAAAUACGUCUUUAGACAAACUAAAGGGAAUAGUAAUAAGCGAACCAAAUGAAGAUGAAACAGAAUAUAUACAAAUGAUUAACAAAAUAAAUUACCAAAAAUGGUAUACAAAAAUAACUUUACAUAUCGAUAACAACUUCAAAAUAAAUGUAAUAGCCUUAAUGGACACAGGAGCAGAUUAUAAUUGCAUCCGAGAAGGAAUUAUACCAACUAAAUAUUAUGAAAAAACAACUGAACGUUUAAGUGGAGCUAACGGCACCAACUUAAAAGUUCAAUAUAAAUUACCAAGCGCUAAAAUAUGUAAUCAAGGUUAUUGUUUUAAAAAUCAAUUUAUAAUGGUUAAAAACUUAUCACAAGAAUUAAUUCUUGGAACUCCAUUUUUUACGCAAAUAUAUCCAUUUAAAGUAAAUGAGAUAGGAGUAACAACGAAAAUAAUGGGAACCAAAUUAACGUUCGAAUUUUUAUCACCUAUGAAAACAAAAGAAAUAUUGAACCUACAACAAAAUACAAUAGGAAAAACGAUCAAUUUGAUCAAGAACAAACAAAAUCAUAUUCAAUACUUACAAGAAGAAAUAACAUACAAAAAAAUAGAGGAACAACUCAAAACGCCAUACACAAUAAGUAAAAUAAAAGAAAUAGAAAACAACUUGAUAAAACAAGUAUGCUCUGAGCUACCAAAUGCCUUUUGGCAAAGAAAACAACACAUGGUAGAACUACCGUAUAUAAAAGAAUUUAACGAAAGAAAUAUACCAACAAAAGCAAGACCUAUCCAGAUGAAUAAAGAUUUAUUAGAAACCUGUAAAAAGGAAAUAAAAGAAUUAUUAGAUAAAAAAUUGAUAAGGCCUUCCAAAUCCCCUUGGAGUUGCGCAGCCUUUUACGUAAACAACCAAGCAGAGAUAGAACGUGGAGUACCACGAUUAGUAAUCAAUUAUAAACCGCUAAACGAUGUACUACAAUGGAUAAGAUAUCCAAUACCCAAUAAAAGAGAUUUAUUAAAAAGAUUAUAUAAUGCAAAAAUCUAUUCAAAAUUCGAUAUGAAAAGUGGAUUCUGGCAAAUCCAAAUUUCAGAAAAGGAUAAAUAUAAAACAGCAUUCACUGUACCCUUUGGACAUUACGAAUGGAACGUAAUGCCAUUCGGUCUUAAAAAUACACCAAGUGAAUUCCAAAACAUAAUGAAUAACAUAUUCAAUGAUUAUUCUAAAUUCACAAUCGUAUAUAUAGAUGAUGUUCUAGUAUAUUCAACAUCAAUAGAUCAACACAUAAGCCACAUUAACACAUUCCUUAAUAUAAUCAAGAAACAUGGAUUAGUUGUGUCUGCCAAGAAAAUGUCAUUAUUCCAAACAAAAAUACGAUUUCUAGGACAUACUAUAUACCAAGGAACUAUAACACCAAUAGCAAGAUCAAUUGAAUUUGCAAAUAAAUUCCCUGACGAAUUAAGAGAUAAAACUCAAUUACAAAGAUUUUUAGGAUGUCUAAACUACGUUUCAGACUUCCUACCAGAUUUAAGAAAAUCUAUUCAACCUUUAUUCCAAAGACUUCCAAAGAAUCCAAAACCUUGGACUAAUCAACACACUUUACUCGUCAAAAAAGUAAAAGAAAAAGUCAAAACUCUUCCUUGUUUGACACUCCCACAUCCUGAGGCGAAUAUGAUCGUCGAAACUGACGCAUCAGAAAUAGGAUAUGGAGGAAUACUCAAGCAAAAAUUACCAACAGCAAAAACAGAAUCAAUAAUCCGAUUCCAUUCAGGAAUCUGGUUAGGACCUCAAAAACAUUAUUCAACUGUUAAAAAGGAAGUUCUAGCAAUAGUAAACUGUAUAUCCAAAUUUCAAGACGAUUUAAUUAAUAAAAAAUUCUUACUAAGAGUUGAUUGCAAAUCGGCAAAAGAAAUAUUACAAAAAGAUGUAAAGAAUCUUGUAUCUAAACAAAUCUUUGCAAGAUGGCAGGCUAUAUUAUCUGCAUUUGACUUUGAUAUACAAUAUAUCAAAGGUGAAAACAACUCUUUACCCGAUUUCUUAACAAGAGAAUACUUGCAGGGAAAAACUAAUCAAGAUGGCUGAGCAAAAAAGUAAAAAACCAAUGACAGCAUCGGAUUAUGCCAAGAAUCAACCACAUUUGCAAGGGCGAAUUCUUACACCAAAUCCAUAUUCAGCAUUAGCGGAAUAUCCACCGCUAUCUUAUGCAAAAGCAGCCGCGGAAGGAUCUACCUCAAAAGAGACUGUCCCAACAUCCAAAGAGCCCGAAACCCCUACCAAAUCAACCUACUAUGUCAAACCCCAAAAACAGCACCUAAUGACUACCCAAUUCACCAAACCCAUAACCUUACCCCAACUAAAAGCCUUUGUAAACAGAGCCUUUUACCCAGACUGUCCCUAUCCAACCGAUAACGUAACCAAAAACCACACCUUCUAUGAGUUUAUCCUAGUAGACUCUAGAUCUAUCGAAGUAACCCAUUACCCAGACCAAAAAGACAAAAACACUAUUGCCUACUCAACAUGUAAAAUCCUCAACAUUCACCAAUCCAAAGACCUUGGAUUUAUUCACCAUCACACAACAAAACCCUUUGUUACCCCAGGUUUUCAUAUUCAAGGAUAUACCUAUACCGACUAUCAAAAUGCCUUUUUCAGGGCAUUCUUCCUCAGACCCUACGACCACUCCUGGUUCUUCAGCUUUGACCACAAUUGUUCAAAAGCAAUACCUGGAUGGUUUGCAGAAUGGUGGUACUGGUUCGGACCAUCGGACGCGAUUUACCCAGCCAAUCUACUCAAGACCUCUUUCGAGUUUUACAAGAAGCAUAUUCCAGAUCAACCUAUCGGACCCUUAAACAAGAUUUACUUCCACAUCGAUAUGGGCAUUCCCUGGAUCUGCUCAUGGCACUUCCAACUAGCCCUACAUCUUCAAGAUAUGCCCUAUUCUCUUGUCCGAGAAUUUAGGGUAAAAUGGUGGGAAAAAUAUAAUCAAGACCGAUGUAGCUAUUCAAACAUCCAGAAACACUUUGACACUAUCAAGCAAGCGAAACAGAUUGUCCAAUCAGUUUCAAAAACAGUUCCACUACUUUUACCAAGUCAACUACAGCAACCUUCUCAAAAGAAAUCAAGUCCUACUACUUCAACUACAUCUUCCUCAAGCCAAAAAAGAUCUAAGCAUUCAAAGAAGGAAAAACUCGCACAACUCAUCGACCAAUUAAUGAACUGAAGCUCCGACGAAGAAGACGUUAACAACG